AUGGAUACUUCGAUCGCCUCUCCCGUUCUUGAGGAGGCUCCUGCACCCAAAUUGCAGCUCAAUGCCAAGCGAAAAUGUGCCCUAGUAGUAGGAGUCAAUGGCAGUGAAUCGAGAGAGCCCAACAGUCCUAUAGGGUACCUCGAGUCUGAUGACGGAGCUCUAGUGUAUCCGAAUAAUGCCAAGUACCGAGUCUUACAGAUGGAUGCUGAUAACUGUGAUCGUAUAGACUAUGUCGAGUCAGACGUGCUAGGGGCUACGAAGAGGGCUGGUGUCGUAAAGUAUCCAGAGGUGGUGGAUGCUAUCAAUAAGGAGCUACCUAGAGAGGUUAAGGUCUUCAACUGCAACUUCAACUCCAAUGCCCAGAAGUCAUGUAGUACUCGUUACUAG